GAAAAACGAACUUUUAAAAUUCAAAUCAAAGCUGAGCAGUAAAGCGCAUUUCAUACUAAACGUGUGCACAACCCUGAAUCGUUCUUUUUCCUCGUAUAAUCUUCAAGUGAAAACAUGGGACGAGUGAUUCGUGCUCAAAGAAAGGGUGCCGGUUCGGUAUUCAAAGCAAUUACCAAGAAGCGUAAGGGAGCACCAAAAUUGCGUCCAUUAGAUUAUGCUGAACGUUCUGGAUAUUUGAAGGGAGUAGUUAAAGAAAUUGUGCACGAUCCAGGUCGUGGCGCUCCUCUUGCAGUUGUUCACUUCCGCGAUCCAUACCGUUAUAAGCUUCGCAAGGAGUUGUUUAUUGCUGUUGAAGGCAUGUACACAGGACAAUUUGUGUAUUGUGGAAGAAAGGCACAAUUGACAGUCGGUAAUGUAUUGCCACUUGGAUUAAUGCCUGAAGGAACCAUCGUUUGUAAUGUUGAAGAAAAGAGUGGAGAUCGUGGUAAAUUAGCACGUACAUCUGGAAAUUAUGCAUCAGUUAUUGCCCAUAAUCCAGAUACAAAGAGAACAAGAGUCAAGCUUCCAUCAGGUGCAAAGAAAGUUUUGCCAUCAAGUAAUCGUGCUAUGGUUGGAAUCGUCGCUGGUGGUGGACGUAUUGACAAACCAAUUCUUAAAGCUGGACGUGCCUAUCACAAAUACAAGGCAAAGAGAAACUGCUGGCCAAAGGUUCGUGGUGUUGCUAUGAAUCCCGUUGAGCAUCCUCAUGGUGGUGGUAAUCAUCAACAUAUUGGUAAGGCUUCAACUGUCAAACGAGGAACUCCACCUGGUCGCAAAGUCGGUCUUAUUGCUGCUAGACGUACCGGUAGAAUUCGUGGUGGUAAGGGUGAUGCAGACAAGAAAGAAAAGGAGAAGAAGUAAAUUAAGUCGAGUUAUUAAGUGCGAUCUUAUCAUCUGUAUUGUCGCUGUCUAUUCCAUCAAGAAGUUUUUAUGAUAAACUUACAACAAUAAAAUAAAAUAUUUGAUG